AUGGGACUCUGCAAGUUUCUCCUCGCCAUCCUUCCAAUUGGUCUGGCAGCCGACCUCUACGUCGCGCCUACGGGCUUCGAUAGUGCGGCCGGCACCUUUGCUGCCCCCCUCAAGUUGAUCCAAAUUGCUGUUGACAAGGCCGCUGCCGGUGACACCAUCUACUUGCGUGCUGGCAACUACUCGCCCACGACCAACAUUCAGAUCACCAAGAGCGGUACCGUCGCCAAUACUUGCACUCUGACAGCUUACAACAAUGAGACGGUCGCCAUCGACGGCGAAGACUCGCCCGGGGCCCCGCUCACCAUCAUUAACGGCCCCUACGGCGUCUACCUCCGUGACGGCUCCAAUAACCUUUUUGAGAGCAUCGUCGCCCACGACAACUACGAGACGGACUUCCAGAUGCAGGGCACCCUGAGCAAUAACCAGGUCGUCUACCUCGAUUCGUACGGCAACCGCGACCCCCGCAAGAAUGGCGAGAGCGCCGACGGCUAUGCUUACAAGGAGGGAUCCGGAAUAGGCAACAUCCUCAACGGCGCCCGUCCCUGA